GAAAAACUAAACUUAGCUUUCAAAAAAAAAGAAAAACUAAACUUCGUUCCUAAAUCCUAAUCAGUUAUCUGCAAGUUCACAAAUGGGUCGACCAGACCAAAAUCCGGUGUCUCAUGCACAACCAAUCGGAGUGCCAAUGACCGGAGCCGCCAGCAACCAACCAUCAAACUGGACUUCAGAACUUUUUGAUUGCAUGAACGACGGGGAAAAUGCUCUCAUCACAUGUUUCUUCCCGUUCAUCACGUUCGGACAGAUUGCUGAGGUUAUCGAUGAAGGCGCAAGCAGUUGUGGGACGAGUGGAAUGCUGUAUGGCGUGAUAUGCUGUCUAUUAGGGAUACCAUGUGUUUACUCAUGCACAUUCCGGACCAAACUCCGAAGCAAAUACGGGCUACCGGAUGCUCCGGCUCCAGAUUGGAUCACCCAUUGCUUCUGUGAAUAUUGUGCACUUUGCCAAGAAUAUCGUGAGCUCAAGAACCGUGGCCUUGAUCCUGCCAUUGGAUGGAGUGGGAAUGUGCAAAGGCAGCGAAUGGGUCAGCAACAAGAGAUGAUGGCUCCUCCCAUGGGUCAACGGAUGAUGGGUUGACUUGGAUGUUGUUGUUUUCUCCUUAAAAUUUACUCUUUUUCUGGUCAAGAAACACUAUUCUCUUUAAUAAUGGUUUUUGUCAACCUUCGAUAAUGUAUUUAUUUGUGUGUAUUUUUUCCUUCUUCCUGUGUGCUCAUUUAUUAUUUUACGACCAAAAAUAAAUGUCAAUAGGGCUUCGUGUUCGU